UCAACUUUUUUUACGAGUAAUAUUAGAAAAAUUUAAAAGUAUAUUUAAUUAAGUUAAGCGUGUAUUAUACGAUAAAAGAAAGUGUAAAUUUUUUAUAAAUAAUUAUGAUAUGAAGUCGAUUAAUAAUUAUGGCGAGUUAAAUUGCUCGGAAAGUAUAAUAGAAUAUUUUUAUUUAAUAUCAAAUCAAAACACAAAUGAGAAAAAAAGAUUAUCUGCAAUUAAUUCAUGUACCAAAAUAAUUAAUACUAGCAGCAACAAUAUAUUUACAACAGAAGAAUUCUAUUAUUGCCUAAGCAAAAACUUUGUACAUCCAUCAUGUCCACAAAUUAGAGCUGCUACGUUAAGAUUGUCAAGAUAUUUAUUAAAAACACCAAAUGAUUUGCAGAUAUUUAACAACCUUCAACUUCCGAUUCUUGUUUGCAGGAGUCUUGAUUUGGUUGUUAAAAAUGAGGAAGAGAGAAUUCAAGCAUUAAAAUUAAUUAGAAAAAUGAUUUUAAUAUCACCCGAGCAAUUAUCGCCAAAAAUUGUCAGAUGUUUAACAUCGCUAGCGGAUACAGUAACGAUUGAUGGUGCAAAACCAGAUCGCAUUGUGAGGGCUUGUUUAGCAACUUUAUCGGAAUUGGGUGUUUUAAAUCCAACACUUUUUAUCAUGUCAAACGGAGUCCAUGUAAUUCUUCGGAAUGUCUUGGAGUGUGACUCACCCAAAAUGGCAGAAAGCUUAGUUGGAGUUUUAUUGCAUUUAUUAGAAUAUCCUCAUACACGAAUGAUAUCUGGAAUUCGAUUGGAUUGUCUCGCAGCACCAUAUUGCGACUUUACCUAUCGAUUAUGGGAUAAAAAUAAAGAUGCACGAGAAUUGAGAUUUAAGUGUUCACGGCUAGCUUUAUUAUCGGUCCUGAGAAGCUAUAAUGGUGCAGUCGAGUUUUGUAAUCCAAACAAAUCAUCAGGUCUGAAAGCAGUCAUUGACAUUUUGUACCUAAAUCAGUUGGAAGUUCGAAAAGCUAUUUUGGACUUUAUGUAUGAUUUGAUAGGACUUCCUCAAACGAUAUGGACCGACGAGUAUUCUGUGGCAUUACAGGCAGUUGAUCCGUCAGAUUACCAGGAUUCAUGGAGACUAUCUGAAGGAUUUGUCGCGUUCGAAGGUCGAUCAAUUUUACCAAGUUUUAUCAACAAAGUGCCCAAUAUUUCUGAAAUACAUCAAGCCUUCCUCCUAUACUGUUUCAUUGAAAACGGUUUGCUCAAUGCCUUAGUCGAAGUUAUAGUCAGUAGUGAUACCUUUAUAUCUGUACGUGCAACAAUCUUAUUGGCCAGAUUACUUCAAUUGAUUCAUACGACAUUACCAUCCAAUACGGACCAUUAUGCACCACUGCCUAUGUUAGUCGCGAAAGCAACUCAAGGAAAUUAUCAGGCGAGGGCCGCAAUAUCGGCAUUACAAUCAUAUCAUUCAAUUAUAAAGAAUCGACCAGCUGCGUGCAGUCUCUAUCUUGACUGUAUAAUCCAAAAUGGUGAUUUAAUAAAAUCGAGGCUCUUUAAACGUGAAAUUGAUGCUGUUGAAAGUCUUUCCAAAUCUGCUAGUCUUACAUUAUUUGAACGAAUGCGUCACGAUUCCAUUGGCUCUGCUGAUGCGAGUAACUAUUAUGAGCAUGUACGUGAUACCACUAGUUUGAAUAUAAGUGGCGAAAACGAAACGAGUAAAGAACGAGCGAAAAGAUCAACACUUAUUCGACAAAAAGUCGUAGGAUUUUUUGAAAAAUUUAAAGAAAAUGAACGAUUGAUUAAGGAUUCACUGGUUUUGACUCAUGUUGAUCCUGCAAAAUGGGAUUGGGAGAUAAUUGUAAUAAUUUUUCGAAACAAAAAUCUCAGCACAAAGUUGGAUGAGAAUCAGUUGAAAUUCAUUAAAACGCUAACGCAAUAUUUUAAGCCAAGCAGUAAUAAAUUCUCUCACAUGGAACUUGGAAUGGGAAGAAUUAUUCCUCCAAAUGUUCACGCUGGAAUCAUGCUAAUUGACUAUUUACUCGAACAAAUUGAUGAAUUAGAGUACAUGAGAAUACUAACCGAUUAUUUCUCCGACAUUAGCAGCAAUCUUCAAGCAAUUUACAAAAAGAAAGCUCAUGAUUGUUUGUUCUCGCCAUCUCAUAUGAACACGACAAUGUGUCAGCAAUAUUUUUUGUUUAUUGGACGGAUGUGUCGAUCAAAGAAAGGCAUAGAUAUUUUGAAAAAUACCGAUAUUAUAAAGCACCUUACGUAUCUUGUAGCAAAUACAAAUCACACAAUUUAUGUAAAAUUGAUUGUUUCUGGAUUAGACUACUCAACGCAGAGUUUACCACGUUUGAUUCUUGAAAAAGCUUUACUUGCAUCGCCAAAUCAAGCAUCACGCUUAUAUGCAACGCAAUUUUUGCUUGUUUUAUUAAGAGCGCGAUUGCCGGCAUUUGAAGAAUACGGGAUUCCUUUCGUAAUGAAUCAAUUAAAGGAUAAAGAUAGGGCUAUUAUGCUAGCUGCAAUGGAAAUAUUGGAAGAGGCUUGUCACGAAAAUAUUUAUUUAUUGGAACUGGCACAUGUUUGGCCACAAUUGGACAAAUAUAAUGAAAUGGGGAAAUAUAUUAUGAUGAGAUUCUAUUCAACGCCUCGAGGUCUAAAUCAUCCGAAAGCAAAUGUGAGAGAUGAAAUUGAUUUAUGGAUUAAUGUUUACAAUAAAAAGUAUGUCAUGUUUAUUGAAUCUGAGAUUCAUUCAUCGAUGACUUUACAUCAAAGAAAUGAAGAUGGCUAUUAUAUGAGUCGAAAUACCUUUAAUCAGAGACAAUUUAUUAAGACAACAACUAUACCUUGUCAUCUUUAUGGAGCUCUUGUUCAGACUCAAUCCGGUCUGGGAUACAUACAAAAAUAUGGAAACGUUAUGCAUUACAUUGACAUCUUAACUCAAGGAAAAUGUGCUAAUGACGAAGAAUGUCUACAACUUAAAUCUGCUUUGUGGCUCCUUGGUCACAUAUCAACAAACAGUGAUGGAAUUGAUUUCCUUAAUAAUCCAGUAACAAAAGUUUUUGAGAAAGUAAUUAAUUUGGCGAAAUUUGCUGAAGUUUAUUCUAUUCGUUCAACUGCAUUUAAUGUCAUUUGCCUUAUGAGUGUAACCGUCAACGGAUCAAAUAUCCUUCAUAAACUUGAUUGGCUAAGUGUUCGACAUGAUCGCAAUAAUGAAUUUCCAGUGUUAGAACCAGAAGAUUGGCACCUUAAAAAUCCAUCCCCAAUUCGGUAUCAUCAUAUGCCGGCUUAUAACUACGGUACGAUGGAUGAAAGUAUUAUGAUUAAUCUUAGCGGCAGUAAUUUAAAUCCAUCGUUUUACAUCGAGGAGUCAAAUGACUCCAUUCGAGAGGAUGACGAUCUAAAUGAGUCCCUCAAUUUAAAUAUGACAACAUCCACUCAACGAUCGCGUACUCUACCCGCCAACAUUCAACCAUCCCAAAUGUAUCAAAGAAACAACAACGCUACUAAACAUAUCCGGUCACUUUCGGAAUCAAAAACAACAGAUGGCAUUAUGAGAAUAAGCUCGUCAAGCAAUCGAACAAGAUUUAAUUCGGGAGAUUCCAACACAUCCGAACUUAGUAGCUGCGAUUCAGUUAAUACGAAGACACUAAUAAAUGAGCGAUUCAGAAGGGUGUCUUUGACAGGAAACAUCUUAGAUACAAGUCAGUUGUCAAAUCAGGAUGUGCAUGGAUACAAAAAAUUACGUAUGAUUAGACAAAAUCUCAGGCCAAUGUUGAGCGAGUCCAACACAGAAGAUAUUCUGGCGGAUGUAUUUGAGAAUGAUGGGAAUCCUAAGACAGCGAAUCGUCUUCUAAAUACAUUUAAUAUCGAUUCGAAACGAAAGCUUAACAAAAAGAAUGUCAAAUCUCAAGCAAUCAAUAAUUCAGGAUAUGAUGAUGAUAUUCAGAAAAAUAUAUAUGUUGCAAAGCUAUUAACACAAAUUGAUACAAAAGGUCCUUGCUAUAGAGGAAUUUGUCUUCCACGGAACAUCCUUGAAUUAUUUCCAGAUGAUCAACAAAAUGGAACAUAUAUUCAUGACAUUGAGACCCUCGAGUCAAAUAAUUUAUCAAUUUCGUCUAUUAUUACAAAGAACCACCAAUAUCCGAUAGAUAAUGCUGGAGAGAGCUUAGGACAAGGACCUGAUGAGUCGACUGUUUCAAGUUUAUCAGACUUAUCAGGAGGCAAUAAGAAAACUAAGCGACGUCCAGUAAUAUCAUUAAUAACAGCAAUAACGACUGAACAAAAUAUGAAUAUGAAUACAAUUGAGAAUGAUAAUCAAUCGAAUAUGAUUCGUUCAAUGAGUUCAGGUGGCGGAACCAAGAGACAUAAUAAGGAUGAAUGUUUAAUAUGUUGUCGAAAAAAAGUUUUUGAUACAUCACUAAUUAUACAAGAGUCCAAAGAGAUAACAAUAACGACAAAUGGACAAAAGACUCGCGAUUCUUCGGAUGUGUCGUUUUAUUCGCCCGAAAGUGUCAUCAGUGAUGACUCUGCAAUGACCACUAACAUGCCUGAUCGCAUCUCAAAUAUAAUUUUGAGAAAUUUUCAAAAAAUGGCAAAUCCAAUUUUAUUUAAAACGUGUCGAAAAAUUUUGAUGGAUUUAAGGCAAAAAUAUCCUCAAUCGUUUCAAGAUGUCUGUCUUUAUUCAGAAGUUUGUAAAUAUAUGGGAAUAUGUAAUUAUAGAAUGACUGUGCGUCGCUUUAUUCAGGAAAUUUUUUUGGAUCUUAACUAUGAUGUUUUUAAUAAUGACAUUGAUUUAAUUUUAAAUGUGGCACGUCAACGUUUUGCCGAUCAAAAAUUAUUGGAUGCAUCUAAAACAUUUCCCUCGACAUCAUCACCACAAUCAACCAUAAAUUCACAAAUUUUAAAUGUUUCACAUAUACAAAGUUAUCAUACCCCAUCACCAUCACCAUCAUCAUCAUCAUUAGCAUCAUCACAAGCAAUUUCUUUAUCACAUAAAUUGCAUUCUAUUAAAUCACCUUUAUUAGCCAGUGUUCAUGAAAGCAGUAUAGAAAACUUGAUUGAUCCUCCGAAAAGCACCAAAGAUGAAGUUGAUUCAGUUAAUAAUAAGAAUAAUUUGAAGUCAACUGGUUACAAUAAUAAAAAUUCUCCGGGAAGUUUACAAAAAGUUACGGCCGAGAUUCAUGGUUAUCAUCAGAAGAAAGACACAGAAUGUGCUGGCUCUGAAAUCAUACGACCGAUUCGCAGGCGACGUUUCAAUACUUUGGAACUAGAUUUGAGUUGUACGAUCAACAAAUUUCCUAUUAAACAUCGCAGUAGUACGCAAGCACAAGUUACAACAGCAAAAAUAAUGGAGGGAAGGCCUACUUCAUUAAGCACCGCUCCAAACGAUAAGGAUGGUGAACAAUCAUUCAUAACGAGAAACUUUUCAACCAGCGAUCAUAGUUUUGAGUACACAAGAAGCAUAACUUCACCAAUAUCUCCACUUGCUCCUUUAUAUCCUUUAUAUUGUGAACAAAGAUUACUUCAAUCUUCACGAUCGGAGGCUACUCUUAGUAAAAGUAAUAAUAUUAGUAAUAAUAAUAAUAAUAAUAAUAACAUAAGCGACGAUGGAAGAGAAAAAUGAGAUCAGUAAAACAAAAUUCACACACACACGCGAUACAUACGAGAAAAAGGAAUGCAUUAUUUAAACAAAAACACAUUAUAAUUAUAAUUUUUAACUGUACAUAGCUUAAGAAAAACGAUAGAAAGAAAUAUGACGUUUACAUAUUACAAAAUGUAUAGACGGACAAAAGCAAACACGUUAAAACUUUUAACUUAAAAGAUAAAAACAGCAAGUUGAUGAUGAGAAAAUUAUGGAGUGUCCAAAGAUGUAGAUACCGACUCGCCACCCACAUUUCUUGCUAAACUCAAGAAAAUCCACACGAAAAGACUCGAUUAUAUAAGCUUUGUUACUGUUAAGGCAGCUACGCUUUUUAGUUUAUUUUUAAUCAACACUUGCUUUAAUAAUAUUAAAUAUCCAUAUCUUUCACAUAUUUACUACUCUGAUUUAUAAAAAAAAAGUCUCUAAAUUCAUCUCUGGCUAGCUCCUUGAUUUUCUCUUCAUGAAGCUUUAAGCUUUCUGUUUGACAAAACAACACUUGAAAACGAUAUUUUAUACGAAUUUUUCCGAGAUACCUUUAAACAAAAUGAUGAAAAAUCUAUUAAAUUAAUACCUAAUAAUAAUAACAAUAAAAAUAAUUAUAUUGUUGAAUCUUCUAUCAUCACGUUCGCUUAAAAUUAUAGUUAUUUCAAGGAAGAAAAAACGAAUAUUAAAAAAAUGAAGAAUAUUUUAAUUUCCUUUCAUUUAUUUAUUAAAGAUAGUUUUAUAUCCUGAUCCUCAAUCACAAAUCCCCAUUUCCCAGAAUAUGAACGCAAAGCAAAAUUACGAAAAAAACAUAAUAAUUUUAUUUAUAAUAUUUAACAGUAACGAGGAGAAGAAGAAGAAGAAGAAGUAGAAAAACGACUAAUUUACUUUAAUUAUUUUGUACAAUCAAUGCAUUAUUCAUAUUUUUUUUUAAAUAGAUAAAAAAAGAUAUGAGUAUCUCAAUAAUACAAGAAAGAACAUAGAAUCGAUAGAUAUUUCAAAAUGCCUAAAUAAUAGAUAGUUCAAUCAGAAGAAAUUUCCAUUUUACAAGUCAUAAAAAAAUUCAUAGAAAUGUUAAUCACUGACAGUACUCUACAAUAUUUUUAACAAUAUGUUCACACACAUCAAUUCAUACUUUUUUGGUAUUCUGAACAUGAUCAUGAUAUGAUUUACAAUAAAUGUCAUAAAUUAUUUGAAACUGAAAAGAAAAAAAAACUUUAACUUUAACAUAGAGAAAGAAACAUGUAAAAAUUGUU